AUGAUCAGAGAUUCACACUAUUCUUGCUGUGGAGGAUCAGAAACACUGAGUGUUUCUCAGGGAGAGACGGUGAAAAUCAGCUGCAGAUAUCCAGAUCAGUUUCAGGAUCACUAUAAAUACUUCUUUAAACUGGAUGAUCACUCUGUUAAAGACAUUGUUGACACUGGAACAAAGACUCAGAGAGGCAGAUUCUCCAUCUCUGAUGAUAAAGGAUCUAGAAAUGUGAGUUUGAGAAUCAGAGAUGUUAAAAAAGACGAUGGAGGAGUUUAUUCCUGUGGAGUGUGGACUACAGUGAGUUCUACAGUUGGUUCAGUGGGAUAUUUCUCUUUCUUCUCAGAGAUUCAGCUACAGGUUUCAGCAAGACCACCAUCAACAGCACCACCAACAGCAGCGGUGAUCAUCACUGAUGAAGAAUCUUCCAGUUCCUUUAUCAUCACUAUCACUUUGAUUAUUUGUGGGGUUCUGCUGCUGAUUGGAGGACUAACACUGAUCUUCUACUGCAUGUUACGCAAAAAGAGACAAGGUUCCACUGAUGAGUCCUCUGGGUUGGAGCUUAAAGACAGUAAACAGGUUCCUCCUGUGGUCUGUGUUUAUGAGGAGAUUAAACCUACUAAACAUCUUCCUGAUCAAGAUACUGGAGUUUAUGCCAAUGCUUCCACCCUAACUCCACCCAAAGACCAAGAUCUCACCUACUCCACUGUGAGUUUCCAUAAGAACCCAGGUUCUCCCACUGAUUCCUCAGUUAGCGUUAAUAAGGAGGAAACUGAAACUGAAUACGCCACCGUCAAACGUCCAAAAGAACCGGAGUAACUCAAUCAAUAAUCAAUAUUACCAAAACGGUCAUUUAUUUAAACAUAGGUUAUUUUUUGUAACUGUACUCAGGGAUUUUUGCAACUGCUUUUGCUUAUGUAACUAUAUAUAACAUUUUUAUUUUGUUCUAUCUGUAAUUUUACCAAAAGAUACUCAACAACACUGUUAGACAUGAUAUGAACCAAGGUUAUUAUCAUUACAGAAACCCAACAAAAUAACGAAAACUGAAAGUGAAAAAAACAUUUUUUGAAACUAAAACUAAUAGAAAAGGUAAUUAAAAGAAAAAAAAAACGGUAACUAACUGGAACUGACUUGAGAAUUCAUAAAACUAACUGAAAUUACAGGUAGAAUACCCUUCGUUUUUGUGUUUUUCGAUUUUGUGUUUCUAAUGUAUUUAGCUUAGCUCAAAUAUAUAUGAAAAAUAAGUCUGAAAUACUCUAUGUAUAUAUGCAUUUUAUAUUUUUUUAACUUUUAACUUAACAUUUCUAUGAAUUAAAGGGUUUUAGUACUGAUAAUGUCAGGUGUGCACAUUUAGAAAGAAGCUUUGAGUAGAGUAAGAGAGAAACAGAAAGAGAGCUUGAAAGUGAUGAACUGUACUCUUAAUUAUAAUGUAUUUAUAAUGUAAAAUGUAAUGCAUGUGUAAUUAAGACUUGAACUUUCAAUUCCAGUAAAAAGACAGCAGCAUUUAAACU